AUGGUUAGCCAAAGUAAUCGAGAUAAAACAUUUAGUAACCAAAGUCGUAUACCAAGACUUCCUGUUCCAACUCUCGAAGAGACUACGACAAAAUAUUUGCAUUCACUUCGUCCUCUUUUAUCCGCCAAAGACCUUGCAAGAAAUGAAGCUCAUAUUAAAGAUUUUAUCAAACCUAAUGGUUUAGGUCGUGUUCUUCAACAGCGUCUAAUCGACAUCGAUCGUAUAUCGCCUAAUAAUUGGCUUGAUGAUAAUUGGUGGAUAAAAAAAGCAUAUCAAGAAUGGAGAGUUUCUGUUGUUGUGAAUUCUAACUGGUUUCACUUGUACGUUGACGACUCUAAUACACCACGCGAAUAUUUUUCUGUGAACAACGGUGUUAAACCGCGAGGUCAUUUUUUGGAAUUUCAGAUCAAAAGAGCGGCACACUUGAUCAAUAAACUAUUAGAAUAUAAAAGUUUGAUUGAUAGUGAGCAAAUUCCACCAAACACUACACAGGCGUACCCUUUAUGUAUGUUUCAAUAUACACGUCUUUUUGGAUAUACACGAAUUCCGCAACAUGGUUGCGAUAAACUUGUGUAUUCACCACAUCCAACACCGCUUAAUGACAUUAUUGCUGAUGUUGAAAAUACACAGCUUGAUCCUCCAAUUGGUAUUCUCACCACUGAUGAUCGUGAUUCUUGGACCAUGUCGCGAGAACGUCUACUGGCAAUUUCGCCGCAAAACAGAGAAUCAUUAACUCUAAUUGAGAACGCAUUAUUUGCAGUCAACUUGGAUGACUAUGCAACGGGAACGGAUCUUGAUAAAUUCCUUGGUAAUAUAUUUCAUGGGGUUGAUGGUCAUAACCGUUGGUUCGAUAAAUCAAUGUCAAUUAUCGUAGAUAGUAAUGGACGUGCGGGAAUGAAUGGAGAGCAUUCACCAUGCGACGCUCUUAUACCUUUAUUGAUGUUUAAAUGGAUUCUCAAAGUGCCUGUUACAUUGAACGCCCAUCUAUCUGGCCGUCCCAUACCUCCUCCUUUCCGAAUACGUUUUGUUACUAAUGAACAAACAUUAAAGGAUAUUUUUGUUGCAGAGAACAAAACUAAGGCGUUAAUCGCUGAUUCUGAUGCAACUCACUUGCAAUUUUCGGAAUAUGGUGCACAAUUCAUAAAGAAGUUUGUUGGCGUAUUAUCAACACCACGCGAAUAUUUUUCUGUGAACAACGGUGUUAAACCGCGAGGUCAUUUUUUGGAAUUUCAGAUCAAAAGAGCGGCACACUUGAUCAAUAAACUAUUAGAAUAUAAAAGUUUGAUUGAUAGUGAGCAAAUUCCACCAAACACUACACAGGCGUACCCUUUAUGUAUGUUUCAAUAUACACGUCUUUUUGGAUAUACACGAAUUCCGCAACAUGGUUGCGAUAAACUUGUGUAUUCACCACAUCCAACACCGCUUAAUGACAUUAUUGCUGAUGUUGAAAAUACACAGCUUGAUCCUCCAAUUGGUAUUCUCACCACUGAUGAUCGUGAUUCUUGGACCAUGUCGCGAGAACGUCUACUGGCAAUUUCGCCGCAAAACAGAGAAUCAUUAACUCUAAUUGAGAACGCAUUAUUUGCAGUCAACUUGGAUGACUAUGCAACGGGAACGGAUCUUGAUAAAUUCCUUGGUAAUAUAUUUCAUGGGGUUGAUGGUCAUAACCGUUGGUUCGAUAAAUCAAUGUCAAUUAUCGUAGAUAGUAAUGGACGUGCGGGAAUGAAUGGAGAGCAUUCACCAUGCGACGCUCUUAUACCUUUAUUGAUGUUUAAAUGGAUUCUCAAAGUGCCUGUUACAUUGAACGCCCAUCUAUCUGGCCGUCCCAUACCUCCUCCUUUCCGAAUACGUUUUGUUACUAAUGAACAAACAUUAAAGGAUAUUUUUGUUGCAGAGAACAAAACUAAGGCGUUAAUCGCUGAUUCUGAUGCAACUCACUUGCAAUUUUCGGAAUAUGGUGCACAAUUCAUAAAGAAGUUUGGAAAAUGCUCGCCUGAUGCAUAUUUCCAAAUGGUCAUUCAGUUGGCGUAUUAUCAACUCCACGGGAGAGUUGUUCCAACUUAUGAGACAGGUGCAACAAGACAAUUUUUGCGAGGACGUACUGAAACAAUCCGAACUUUGAGUGUGGAAAGUAAAGCAUUUGUAGAAGGGAUGCUGGAUAAAUCAUUAAGUGUUCAACAAAAGUAUGAUCUACUACAAGCAGCGACUAAGGCUCAUACUAAAUACUCGAUAGAUGCUUCUAAUGGUAAAGGUUGUGAUCGCCAUUUGUUAGGGCUUCGACUAUUGUUACAAACGGGAGAGUCACAUCCAAUUUUUGAAGAACCGAUCUUUGCAAAAAGUCAGGAAUGGUUAUUGAGUACAAGUAGCUUAGGUUCUGCGGAUUAUGCUUACGGAGCUGGAUUUGGAUGUGUUUGCCCUAAUGGGUAUGGCAUUAACUAUCUUCCAGACGAACAUUCAAUUAAAGUUAGUAUAGAAUCAAAAUUUUCAUCAUCAGAGACUGAUUCUAAAGCUUUAAAAGAAAGCAUGAUUAAAGCAUUAAGAGAUAUGAAAAACAUUUGUGAACAAGCGAACGGUGAACAUAGUAAACUAUGA